GCAGUUGUCACACGGAUGAAUUUAAUUGACGGACAAGAUGGACGCAAAAUGGUGUAAAUAUGUAGCAAGUCGCAAGUUUUGUUUAAACAUUAAGUCAGUUACAGUACCGUUUAUCGUCUAAAUAACUGAAAUUGAUAUAACACGUAUGAUAUGUUUUUUUAUUAAUUUAAAUUAACGACUUGUAAAGCUACUGUCACACAAGAAGGCGAGUUUUUAAAAGCAGCAUGGCACUGUCAAAAAAUGAAAGUUCCCUAGAUGAUAUUAAAAUAACACCACCUCAAGAAGAAGUGGGCUCGAAAGACCAAAUCCCCCUGUGUGUCCCGGGACAAACCAAAACGUCUGCAGCCAGAGUAUUAACUGAGGAGGAGCUGGACAGACUCAGCGGGGAGCGGGCUCUGGUGUCCGACUUCAAGCAGAUGAAGUUGGAGAAAGAAGCUCAGAAAAACUGGGACUUGUUUUACAAAAGAAACACGACGAAUUUCUUCAAGGACAGACACUGGACCACCAGGGAAUUUGAAGAACUUAAAGCGUGCAGAGAGUUUGAGUCACAGAGGUUGGUGCUGCUGGAGGCUGGCUGCGGUGUGGGAAACUGUAUCUUCCCUCUGCUCGAGGACGACCUCAAUAUCUUUGUUUAUGCCUGUGACUUCUCACCGAGAGCUGUUGAAUUUGUCAAAAAAAACCCUCUGUACUGCCCUGAGCGCUGCUGUGCCUUCCAGUGUGAUUUAACUACAGAUGAUCUGAGGGCAAAUGUACCAGAGGGCAGCGUGGACGUCGUCACUCUCAUCUUUGUUCUGUCGGCCGUCCAUCCUGAUAAGAUGAAGCUGGCUCUGCAGAACAUCAGCAGGGUGCUGAAGCCUGGAGGCAUCGUCCUGUUUAGGGACUAUGGCCUGUACGAUCAUGCCAUGCUCCGAUUUAAAGGCAGCAGCAAGCUGGGAGAGAACUUCUAUGUACGCCAAGACGGAACCAGGUCAUACUUCUUCUCUAAAGAGUUCCUGGCUGAGCUUUUUGAGGAGACAGGCUUCCAGUCUGUUGCUAACGACUACGUCCUGAGAGAGACAGUCAACAAGAAGGAGGGGCUUUGUGUUCCCAGGGUGUUCCUGCAGAGCAAAUUCACCAAACCUGGACAAUCAGACAGCUCCUGAUGUCACGUGGCCUUUGUCUGCCAGAGGUGUGGAGAAACAUGAUACUGAAAUGUCCAGCUGAAGUUGGACGGCAAAAAAGACCUUACACGCCACCGGGUUUUGAAGUCUUUAGCUCAAAAGGGAGCUGCAGAUGGGUAAGGUAGGUUAAUAACACCUCCUCUGACUAACUGAAGCUGCUCCUUCACCAUCAGAUCAACACGGUGCCUGUAAGGUCAAUCUUACCAAUGGAAAUAUGUGGAACUGUAUGAACAUGUAGUCCAGGUGCAUGACUGUUCAGCAAAGUCCUGAGCUGGAUAAAUUAUGAAAAGUCCUUUGUCAAACUUUGCUCAGCUGGAAGCACCACCAUGAGAAGUUUCUUCUGUGUGAGCCUUCAAACCAUUUUCUCCUGUGAAUGAACAGGUAUUUUAACUGCAUCCAGUUUAAGUCUCUCUACUUUUUAUAUUGAUUUUAAUUUUGUGUAAAUGAAUUAGAAUCUUUUUCACCGUCUUUGCCUUUGUAUACUGUUAAACAAACAGUGUUCAACAACAUUGUGUCAUUUCACACUUGGUCUGAAGUUAUUUAGAAAAAAAUGACUCACAGUUUCACUUCCUGGUCCAGUUUUCACAGACAAUAAUAAUAAUAAUAUGUGUACAUUCACAUCCUGACUUUUAACAGAUAAAUGUUUGCGUGGUCUUCAAGUGUCUGGACAUCCUGCAGAAAGUCCUCCGACCUGAUCACCCACAGGUCUUUCAUAACAAACUUUAAAUCGGAAAUAACAGAUGUACACGUUUUUCAUGCAGUUAAUCACCCUGGAGUCUUCGUCUUCUGAUAGUUUACUGUAUGGAAUCAGACAGGGAACAUGGGUGACAGAGGGGUACGACGUCUAAUGGACACAAGCCAGUUAAUCUACUCUGAUAAUUUUCCUUUCCUAAAACAAAUAGUGCAUAAGUUGGUAUUUGUUUUAGGAAAGGUGGUUUUGCAUUUUAAACUCUUCCUCAUUUGAUUCUGGAGUAAAAAUGAUUACACUGUGAAAACUGAGAGGAAAUAUUAAAGAAUUCCUUUGAAAGUUGCAAUAAAGUUUUACUGGUUUACCUUU